AUGAAGCUCUGCAGCUCACUUGCUUUCAUACCUUUGUUCCAGCUGGGUUUCGCACUCCUCGAUGUCGACGCUAUAGUAGACAAGCACUACGGCAACGACGCAGCAUGGUACCGCGACCGCAUUCCUCUUUUCGAGUCGAGCGACCAGGACAUAACUGAUGUGUACUACUACCGAUGGUCCAUUUUCCGCGCCCAUCAACGCGAUCUCGGUGCUUACGGCUACAUUUCUACUGAAUUCCUUGACGACGUCGGCUGGCAGACCAAACCUUUCGCAAGUCUAAACGAUGCAACAGGCUUCCAUCUCUUGGAGGGACGAUGGUGCCGCGACCGCCGCUUCAAAGAAGACUACGCGACAUUCAUGUACAGCAACGACAGCAACAGUCGCCAAUUCUCCGAGAGCAUGGCCGCAGCAGUCUGGCAAGGCUAUCUCGUCGACGGCGUAAAAGAAGACGCAAUCAAGCGCCUCUCCGAUAUGACGCGCGUAUAUGAAGCCUGGGACGACUCUUUCGACACGUCAAAGGGGCUCUACUACGUCGAGCCCAUCCGCGACGCAACCGAAUACACAAUCUCGUCCAUCGACUCGUCGGGCGGCUACGACGGUUUCUUCGGCGGCGAUUCCUUCCGGCCCAGUAUCAACAGUUAUCAGUAUGCCAAUGCGCUUGCUAUCGCCAAUAUGGCGUCUCUAGCCGGCUCCGUGAACAGCACCGUUGAUACAUAUACCACCCGCGCCGAAGCACUCAAACAGCGCGUUCAGGAAGCUCUCUGGAACACAACCUUUUCCCACUUCAUCGACCGCUACCAAGUCGACAACGAAAACGUAACUUACUGGGACCCGAUCCGCGGCCGCGAACUCGUCGGCAUGGUCCCUUGGACCCACGACCUACCCGACGAUAACGCAGACUACGCACAAGCCUGGAGUCACAUCCUCGACAGCGGAAAACUAAAGGGAGAAGCCGGUCUAAGGACUGUAGAACCCAGUUACGAGUACUACAUGCGGCAGUACCGGUACGAAGGCCCCAACCCAGAAUGCCAAUGGAACGGCCCCGUGUGGCCAUUCCAAAUGACACAAGUCCUCUCCGGCCUCGCCAACUUCCUGGAUCACUACGAAAAGGGCAAAGAGACGGGUGUUAUCAACAGCGAUGACUACACGAACCUCCUCCGUCAAUACGCACAGCUACACCGGAACCCCGACACAAAGAUUUUGGAUCUAGAAGAAGACUACUACCCCGACACCGGUCUCCCCAUCGUAGGUCUCAAGCGCUCGCACCACUACUUCCACUCCGGCUACGCCGACCUCGUCCUCUCCGGCCUCGUCGGCAUACGACCUCGCUCCGACGACGUACUAGAAGUAGCCCCUCUAGCCUCCGCCACCCAACUGUCCUAUUUCCGGGCCGAACGCAUCCUCUACCAUGGCCGCGAAAUCGCCGUACAAUGGGAUAAAGACGGCACCCACUACAGCGGCAACAGCACAGGACUAACCGUCGAAGUCGACGGGAAAGUCGUUGCUACAAGCCCCAAUCUCAGCCGCCUCACGGUUGACUUGGAGAGGAAAGCGCCCCCAGCCAUCACCCGCAAGCUAGCAAAGUCCAUCCAACUCAACUCCACAACCGCCUUCCCCCGUGCGUCUGCCUCAGUCGGUAACUCCAGCCAAGCAUCCACAUACCCCGCGAUCGACGGCCGCAUCUGGUUCUAUACGGAGCCGGACGCGAAGAACGGGUGGGAUACACCCGUUGGUAACGGCUCUUCCGUGUGGUUUGAAAUCGACUUUGGGAAGAGUGUUAGUAUGAGUAGUGCCGAGCUGGCGUUUUUUGCGGAUGAAGAGCAGGGGUUUGCGGCGCCGAAGGGGUACAAGAUUGAGGUGCCUGCUGCUGGUGGAAAUGGUACGGAGUGGACGGAUGUGGAAGGGGCGGUGUAUGGGGAUGCUGUUGCGAAUGGGAUUACGGGGGUGGAGUGGAAGGAGGUUGAGGGAGAGAAGGUUAGGGUUAUUUUUACGCCGGAGGUGGGGAGGAGGGUUAGGAUUGCGGAGUUUAAGGUUUACUAG